AUGAGGGUGCCUUGCCCGACAUAUCUCUCGCCUAUAGGUUUGGGUCAAAAAGAGUCUUAUCUCCUUGGGUUUUUCAAUGAAUCAAGGUCGUUGAUAUUGGGACCAACUGACGAGGAGGCUCUGGCCCAGUUUAUCCUGAGAGUUGCCUUCUCGGAUGCAUCCGAUGCGACCAAUCCAGUCCUGCAAGGCGUGCUUGCUCUAGCGUCGUUACAGAUGCACGGUAGCCUGCAAAGCUUUCGUUACAAACACCUAGUCAUAUCAUCAGUCAAAGGGUCAUCGAACUGGUUCGACGAAAAGACCCUGCUUCGAAACCUAAUGGCAACGAUGCUCUUGUAUCACUACGAGCUCUCACUAGAGUCCAACUCCAAGGGGCGUUGGGUGAAUUAUCUGUGUACCGUGAAAAAGAUCAUCAACACGUCUCCGGCCAUUCACAAGCUGCUCCGUCAUGAGUAUUCGGUCUUUCUGGACUGGAUCUAUUACCACGAGGUCCUCGCAGAGUUCACCGUCAGACAUUGGAAGGUACCUUACGAAGGCUGCGGCUGGGCACCCAUGGCGAGAUCGCUCAGCAUCGUUGAGAAGAGCAGCUCCAAGGCAGAGGACAACAUCGGCUGUCCCAUCGACGUGCUCCAGCUGCUUGUACAUACGUGUAGGCAAGCUAUAGUGACGAAGACCUCGGAGAUCGAAGAUGUAAACGGUGAAAUUGAGGAUACCAAUGUACUGGAGCACAACAUCUCCAUGAUCGUGGGAGACUACGGCCCUGUCCACGUAGAGUCCGCGUCAUCACCAGACCGGAACUCUAUGAUUUCCGAUCUUCAUCGAAUCGCCUGUUUGAUAUAUGUCAACAGGGUGGUCCACUGUGUUUCAGGAACAGAGUUUCGCCACAGGCGGCUUGUAAGAGAGGGAAUUUUGCUGCUGACAAAGAUGCAGACAUGCCAGAAUGCCUGGCCAUUGUUCAUCGUCGCGUGCGAAGCUGUAGGCGAUGAUCAGCGCCUUGCCAUCAUGGACGUUUUUGAACGCAGCCGACAAGAUCGAAGACGAAGAUCAAGCCACGUCCAUUUCAUUCAACAUACGGUCGAGGCUGUGUGGAACCAGCAUGAUCUGAACACCGAGAACCACGUCGACUACCUGACGAUUUUCAACGCCGUCGUUGGUGGACUUCCGUUUAUACCCCCGUUUGCCUGA